UUCGUGAAAUCUUGCUUUUCUUUCAGCUGCAACAGGGGGAGGGAGGGUUGCUUUUGGACCUUGGAGAUACUUUGUUUUUAACCCCAGUUGUUGUGUGGAGCUGCGACCACAAGUAGUGCUUUGGGCUUCUGUUUAAAUUUUUUUUUGGUAUUUCUGAAAAAAGAGGAGGGGAAAACAGCAUUUGAGCAGCUGGUUUUGGAAACUGUAGCAGUUAUUGUUGUUUUAAAGUUUUCAGAGAGAGCGAGAGACAAUAACUUUGUGGUGUGAUAUAUAGAAAUAUUUUUUUCUAAACUCUGUGAACUGUGAUGGUGAGGAAACCAGCAAAUUCCUUCUGGUAGAGCAAAUACAGAGAUAGAGAUUUCAUGUACAGGUAGUGAUUCUUACUCAACAGCCGGCAUCCAAUGAAGGGCAAACUUCAUUUCACCAAAUCAAAAGAUUGCAGUGACACAUGGACCAUGAACCAAGCCACCAGCAACCCCGGGACGAAUGUGUUCUUGUUCCACAGCUUAGAAAACAGAAAGCACUACGAUGACAAAUCAUUGAUUGCACAGCCCGUUUUUGUAUUCAGGACGAAAGACCGACCUUGCAAGAGGCCUGCAGAAGACUAUGAAUGCAAGGCUGAAAAUGUUUUCAUUGAUUGUUCCAGAAAACGUACGAGAGCUUCAUCUUUUUCUUUUCAAACAUCCCACUCCCCAUCUUACAGAGAAACAGUACUCUCUCAGAAACGAAUGCGAUCAUCUUCGUUUACCACCCUUCCAACAUUCCCACCAUCCCAACCAGUGAAGAAGAACAACAUUUUCAUGACAUCAACAUUAUUGCACAAAGACACUGCCGGGAACACCACAGAAAAGGGUCUUUCAUCACCAACUGUACAACGAGUUGUUUUAAGGCCUGCCAUUUUACAGCCUCCACAAACUCCUUUGUGUAGAAAAGUAACGAAUAUAGAUGUUGAAAAUGUUCUGGAGGGUGAACAUAAAACAAAUGCUGAGGUAUCUGAAGAAACUUAUUCUCUCAGAAACUGCUCAGAAAAUGCAAUUCUCUCUCUACACUUUGCAGGCCCUGAAACAACAGACAACCAGCUAAUUGAAAGCAAAACAUCUUCAAAGGAAAAACAUCUUAACUUCGUUUUUGGAGAAAAUAUAGUAGAAAGAGUUUUGAGGCCUGAGCAAUUUCCAGAAUUGCAUUCUGAAAGUGAGUCCCAUAAUAGUGAAGAAGCAGCCAUGUUCACAAUAGGUUUUCCUACCAGUUCUCCAUGGACAACACCAGUUUUUGUCAAGAGCACGACACUAGUUGAAUCAGCUGCUGCUUACACUUCUAAGGAACCAACACAACAAUAUUUAUUAGAUAAAGUUGAAGUUACGACUGGAGAAGAAGCAGAACACAACGUGUUGCAGAUCAACUGCAGGCUCUUCUUAUUCAAUAAAGCUUCGAUGUCCUGGACUGAAAGAGGAAGUGGGUGCUUGAGACUUAAUGAUACGUCCAGCGACCAGUGUGGGAUGCUACAGUCAAGACUGGUCAUGCGAAAUCAAGGAAGUAUGAGACUCAUUCUCAAUGCUAAACUCUGGACCCAAAUGAUCAUACAAAGAGCAAACCGGAAGAGCCUGUGUGUCACGGCGACGGAUCUGGAGGACCAAUCUGUCAAGGUGUUUCUAAUACAGGCAAGUUCAAAAGACAUUGGUUCUCUGUAUGCAGCAAUCCAUCAUCGCCUUGUGGCGCUAAGGAGCUUUGCUGAACAGGAAUGCGAUGUAAGCUGGGUGGAGCCGGAGCUGCUAAACUGUGACAGUGAUGAAGAAGAGAUUGAAAAAAUAACUCAUGUGAAAAAUAAUGAAGCGGAUCAUUCUCGAUGGAUCCGCAGACAGCCUGUGGUUUGUUCCUGACAAUGUACUACUUCUGACUGAAGCAGUAAGAAUGGAAAAUCCCUUCGUCUUAUUGAACUAUCCUAAGUGAUCUCAUGGUCAUGAGGAAGUUGUGCAUUUGUUUUAUUAUUAAUGAGGCAAAGACUCACUUUUCCAGACAUUAGAAGCAAUAUAUUAAGGAUACGUGAAAUAUGCACUUUAAGGAUACCAAUCAUCAUUCCUUUCAUACUCAGCUAGGAGAGACAUCAGAGAAUGGUCCCUGUUCUUUGAGAAAUACUUUUUAAAAAAAUCUUCAGAUUUUGAUAUGAAUCAACUUUAAGAACAAUUUUAAUGAAAAAGAAGAUAAUCCCACUCCAGCUUCUUUCAUCACAUUGAUGGAGUUCAUCAUUCAUGUAUGAAUUAGCACAUUAUUUCAAAACAGAUUUAUCUAUACAAAGGUAGAUUGUGAAAAUCUGCAUGAAAUCCACUUUGGACAUGAUUAUAAACAUUUUGUAAUGUUUGAAAUCUUAAAACUUCACAGCUGAUAUUUAUGCCCAAGUGCUUUGUGUAUGGUAGGGCUAUUUUAGGGGAUCAACCCAUCCCCAAGAGAAAGGAAGACUACGAAUGAAAAUAAUAAUUAACCAGUAGAAACAGAGGUAAACUGGUGAAAAUGUUAUACAUGUGGGAAGCCUGGGGGGAAUACUUCACAGCAACCCAACAAGGAAUGCUUUAUUCUAUAGGCUCACUCUGUGCUUGAAACCUGUGUUUUUGUAGUGGGGACAAUAGUCUAGUGUGGAGCUAAAUGUUUAUAAAGUUAAAUAUUAAAAUUAUUUUAUUAAAAUUAUAUUUUUUCUUCGUAAAAUUUGCUGCUUUAUUGGAUAUCAAUAUAACAUUAACGGAAGGGGUUCUGACAGUGCAGUCUUCUGCAAAAGUUACUCCAGUCUAAGCCCACUGAAAUCAAAUGGACUGGAAUAACUGUCCUGAGGAUUGUACUCUGCACUCGAUUUCCAUCACUUUCAAUAUGAUCCCAGGGAGUCCAGUAGCACCUUUAAGACUAACCAACUUUAUAGUAGCGUACGCUUUAGAGAACUACAGCUCUCUUCGUCAGAUGCGACUGGACUCUUUACUAUUUUGCAACUACAGACUAACACGGCUAACUCCUCUGAAUAAAAUCCUAGGGACACUUUUCUGAGCGUAAGCCCCAUUAAGUAGGAUUCUGAGUACAUGUGCACUUUCUAGCCCUGUAAUGAAGCAAUCUUCAUCAGGUCUACUCAGAAGUAAGUCCCAUUUUAAUCAGUUGAGCUUAUUUCCAGGAAAGUGUUCUUAGGAUAGUACAAUUCAAAGCAGAGUUCUAAUUCCAUUAUGAGGUGUAACUCUGUUCAGGAUUGCACAGUAAGAAUUUUGCUAGACUAACGUAAGCAUUAAGUUACACCUGAAGCUUUCAGGUGGGCAGGUGACAAACCAGACAGCAAUAUUUGCAAAAUCAUCUGUUUACUCCUUUUUUGCCUGAUUUAAAUAUGUAAUUAUAUAAACAGUUAUCUAUUUUGCAUGUGCAAAUGGUUACUUACAAUCCAAAAUAUUCUUAAAUCCUGCUGAAAGUUUUGCCUUACCCACAUGAGAUAUCCUGUACCAAAGGCAAUCAUUUUAGUAUUUAUAUGCGAAAUUUAAAAGCUAAUAUUAUUUGCUGAGAAUGUGUCUCUCAGCUUUUCAUAUUCAAUAGUCCAAAGAACAUUUUCAGAGCUUCUAAUAAAAACUCUAAAUAUUAUAACUACUGCUUUUUAAAGGGAGAAAUGAAGUAUUUAGGGAAAAUAUAACUUCUAAUGGUACCUAUUUUUUGUUGAUGUGCCUUGCCAUUUGUGCAUUACAGUAUACAAAGUGUGGUAUAUAGUGUAGCAUACAAAGCUGAGCCAUUAUUUUGUGGUUUUAAAGUUUGUUCCUUCCAUUUAUGCAUAGCAUUUCUUAAGCGGAAAGUGUUUUUUAAUGUCAUUCAUAUGUACAACUCCCCGCAAUGUGGGCUACCUACCUUUCUUUCCAUUUUACACGUCAGGAAUUGAGGCUGCUGCUAUCCCCAGUCCUUUUCCCCAUUGCAAUCCCAUUUAAUAGGUCUUCUUACUGAUAACCAGCUGGAAACAGCAUGGCCGAAAGUAGGUUGAGCACCUCCUUCAUCCAAGAUGGCACUACAUUAAAGCAAUUGUUCCAGGAAGCCUAUCUGCAGUGCACAUGCUUUGCAUCAUUGAGAAGCAUUGCCUCUCCUCCCUCCCAUCCAGCUGUUGCCAGGGUAAGUCAGAGGAGCCAAGUAGAUGGGGUACAACAGGGCCCUUGAACCAUUCAUGACUCCAAAUUUCUGCCCAACCUUACCUCUUAUGAUGCUAUAGCAACUGCUGUACCAUAGUGGUUAAGUGGUUGGAUUGUGAGUCAGCCCUCUUCUGGUUUGAAUCCCACUACUGCCAUGAGCUCAGAGGAGACCUUGGGUAAGCCACUCCUCUCAGCCCCAGCUGCAUUGUGGGGAUAAUAAUAACACUAACUUGGUUCACUGCUCUGAGCGGGGCACUCAUCUGUCUAGAAGAAUGGUAUAUACAUUAUUAUUAUAGCUACCCCUUACAAAGUCCUUGCAUUUGGGAGGGAAACAACAUGAGGACUUUGCAUCAGGGAUCUGCUAUUGGUUCGUGUAAACAGGGCUUUUUUCCAGCAGGAACGCGGUGGAACGGAGUUCC